AUUAAACUACUCUUUAUGUUACUAACAUCAUUAAACAGGAGAUUAACUACUCUUUAUGUUACUAACCAUCAUUAAACUACUCUUUAUGUUACUAACCAUCAUUAAACUACUCUUUAUGUUACUAACCAUCAUUAAACAGGAGAUUAACUACUCUUUAUGUUACUAACCAUCAUUAAACAGGAGAUUAACUACUCUUUAUGUUACUACCAUCAUUAAACAGGUGAUUAACUACUCUUUAUGUUACUAACCAUCAUUAAACUACUCUUUAUGUUACUAACCAUCAUUAAACUACUCUUUAUGUUACUAACCAUCAUUAAACUACUCUUUAUGUUACUACCAUCAUUAAACAGGUGAUUAACUACUCUUUAUGUUACUAACCAUCAUUAAACAGGUGAUUAACUACUCUUUAAUACCAGGCAGUUGUGUGGACGAACCAUAUUGUUUCUCAUUAGUGCCCGUCAAAUACCAAGGAGGGGUGUAAAGUGACUGUACAGGUGUUAUCCGUUUUACCACAUGUCCUACAUUAUCGAAGCAACACCAUAAAAUACACUAUCAUGACUCAGCUCAAAGCCACACUAUAAAAUACACUAUCAUGACUCAGCUCAAAGCCACACUAUAAAAUACACUAUCAUGACUCAGCUCAAAGCCACACUAUAAAAUACACUAUUAUGACUCAGCUCAAAGCCACACUAUAAAAUACACUAUCAUGACUCAGCUCAAAGCCACACUAUAAAAUACACUAUCAUGACUCAGCUCAAAGCCACACUAUAAAAUACACUAUCAUGACUCAGCUCAAAGCCACACUAUAAAGUACACUAUCACGACUUGCUUUUAACCCUUUUAAGUGUUAUCUUUUUAGCUCUUUUUCCACAUUCUCUCCAUCACAGUUUUCUAGUACUUUAUACUUGUCCGCUUUUACGCACCCCCUGCAUCUCUCCUCUCCCAUCCACCCACACACACACACGCACACACACACGCACUCACACACACACACGCACACACACUCACACACGCACUCACACUUGCCCACUCGCUAAGCGCUCAGCUCUCUCUCGUCUCUCUUAGCUGUGUGCCUGUCUGAUCCCACGCGUUGUGCAGCAUUAGGAGUAGGAGUGUUGUCGAGUGAUUUCCUGCACUGUGAAGAUCUGCUCUAGUCACAAACAAAACCACUUAUGUCCCGUUUCAUCCCUUCAGAGGCCGUCUCCUUGACUCACACCAGUGUCCUGUUCUCUCUUUCUCUGUGCUCCUUUAGGGAUCCCUCUUUCUUUCUCUCAUCCCUCGCUCCUGGCACUUGUUCCCUCUUGUCUUCUGCUGAUUGCUGUCCCGUUCUCUCUCUCACACUCACUUCAUCAUCAGACAAGUAAAAUGAGUCACUCUUACCUGUUCGGUUUCUCAGUCUUCUCUCUUUGUCUCUCUUUCUCUCCCUUUCUCUCGGUUGAUCCUGGUCCGCUGCCUGCUGCGGGCGUGUUUGUGUUCUCCUCCGUGUGUGUGUGUGUGGUUCCCAGGUGGUCUUUGACUUCAGUGGGAGCGGACGACUGGAGCUGAGUAUGAAAGCUGGAGAGGUGAUCUUCCUUCUGAGGAGAGUUAACACAGACUGGCUGGAGGGCACGGUGAGCAAUCGAACAGGUAUCUUCCCAGAAUCCUUUGUGAAGAUCAUUAAGCCCCUCCCAGAGAGUGACUCUGAUGGCGAGAGCGGUGGCGCUUCAGGUAAAGGGGCGGGGUCUUACAGCUGCCUGCGCUGCUACCUGCUCACACCCCAGGGCGUCGACACCAGGGAUGUGUGUGUUGAAGAAGAUAUCUCCACCCAGCCAUCAUACAAAGAACUAUUGGCACGCAUGAGGUAAGAUACCAGACACAUCCACUGCUGAAUCAACUCCACUCUUCACUACAUAUCUGAUAUUCUCCUCUUCUCUACAUAUCUGUUACUCAGCUGAUAUUCUCCUCUUCACUGAAAUUUCCCCAGGUCAAUAAGGAUGUGCUUUAUUGUCCACAGUACACACUAUAACACUACCACUCUACACACUAUAACACUACCACUCUACACACUAUAACACUACCACUCUACACACUAUAACACUA